GUCAGCGCUGCAGUAGUGCCGAAUAAAAACAACCACGGAAAAAUCACGUUGAUCGUGUUUUCUCCAAAAUUUGCAAUUUAUUCCCUAAUUAAGAGACUGUGAUUUAAACUAGUCCAAAGUCCAAAACCUCUAAUUCCGUAAUAAGUGACCCUUGUAAGAUAUCUCCAGAGAAAAUUCUCGAAAAUCUCCACAUCUGCCAAUCGCCGUGUUCUCCACUUGACAUUUUCCAUAUCCACCCACACAAACAACAAGACAGCUGGCAAAAUCAAAAGCGUGGCGCCGUCGCAUGAAAGGAUUGCUUUGAAAUCCAGCCGCCAGAAAUCGAUCGAAGAAUUUGCCUGCAACAUAGACAACUGGCCCGACCCGCAAGUGGUGCACGUUGCAGACUACCAAAGCAGCGCAGAAGAGUCGGACCAAGUGACCAUGAGCGAGCAGUGAGGAUCGUCAGUCGCUUCUCGAACCUGCGUUGUAGCGCACAAUCGUACGGAAGUAACAACCAGGAUCCGCGAAUAAUGCGAGGUGUCCAAGAAUUGCCCCACUGUCCAGUGACCAUUGAAGAAAAUGAAAUCAAAAAUGGAGCUGCCGAGGUGCUCAAGUUCAUCCGACCAAAAUGGGAAAAGGAUCAAAUUAAUUAUAAGAUGUUUACGGACGGAAUUACAAACAAGUUAGUUGCCUGCAGUUACAAGAAUGGAGACGACCUGCAAAACACAGACGACGUGGUUCUGGUUAGAGUUUACGGUGCCAAAACUGACCUGCUUAUCGACAGACAAGCUGAGACAAGGAAUCUCAAAGUCAUGCACAACGCCGGCUACGCUCCUCGGCUUUAUGCCACUUUUGAGAAUGGUUUAGCCUACGAGUAUGUUCCCGGUGUGACCCUCAACACGGACACCUGCAGAUCCCUGUCCAUCUACCCGCUGGUUGCGUCCAUGUUGGCCAGAAUGCACAGACUGGAGUGUGGUGAAAUGCCAAAGGAGGCCAUGGUGUGGACCAAGUGCCGACAGUUCAUACAACUGGCGCCCGACGUUUUCAUGGAUGCAGCCAAACAGAGGAGGUUCAUCCAAUUGAAGUUGCCAAGCAAAGCUGAAUUGUUCAAGGAAUUUUCAAGCCUGGAGGAAAAUCUGAAACAGCUCAAAAGUCCUGUUGUCUUUUGCCACAAUGAUUUGUUGCUUGGAAACAUGAUUUACAAUGACGGGAAAAAGGCAGUUACUUUCAUUGACUACGAGUACGCAGCUUACAACCACCAGGCUUUUGAUAUCGGCAACCAUUUUAACGAGUUUGCAGGACUGAGCAAUGUUGACUACAACCUAUACCCUGACGAAGACUUCCAGCGGGCCUGGAUCAAAGUGUACCUGAGCGAGUUCAACUCAUCAGCGGAGGUGAAGGAGGAAGAAAUUCAAGAGCUUUACAUUCUGGUCAACAAAUUUGCCCUGACGUCUCAUUUUCUUUGGGCAACAUGGGCCUUCGUACAAGCAGAACACUCAACCAUUGACUUUGAUUAUCUAAAGUACGCAUCCGAUCGGCUCAAUGAAUAUUUCAAGAGAAAGGACCAAUUUCUCGCCAUGAAGUGAGCAUACUGGGGCCAAUAUGAGUCACUUUGUGACUUUGUUUUGUCUAAGCAGAACCUUUUCAUGUUAUAUGUUAGUCACCCAUGAAAUUAUUGUACUCUUUUGCAGCCCUCGAGUCAUUUUAUUUUGUUAACGCAUGCAUUGAGAAUAAGUUCUUGUCAUUUUUAGCAUUCCUAGUACUUAAAACUGGAUCUGGACGAGUACGAUCUGAUAAUUCAUUUCGCCACAGCAUUUACUAGGAGCAUAUUAUUUAGAGAUCCAGCCUUAAUGAUUUUUUUUUUUUGUGAGAGGCACAAUUGAACUUAAUUUUAAAUAAUUCCAAAUUAUAGUUAAAUUAAGUUUUAAGCUGGGUUGAAUGUGGUCAGGAAGUUUGUUAAAUUGUCUGUUUUAAAAGUCUAUCUCGAUUUUUAAUUAUUCUGGGAGUUGCUAAUUGUUAUCUUUCAAAUCUUGUUAUUUGAAAUUUCUCUGUAAAGGUGAAAAUUUAAAAUCCCACAAGGCGAAGCAUUUUUAAGAAUCAGUAAUAUGUAAUCUGUAAGCAGCCCUUUUCACUCUCUAAACAUCCGUUUAAGGAUAUAUUCAAACCGUUGUAUUCUCAAAUAAUGUUCAUAUAUUUCCAAUUUUGAAUUUCGAAAAAUAUUUGCAGGUCCUUUCUAAAUGUAUUUGUAUGAAAUUUCCAAGUAAAUUAAAGCUGGCUUUCUACAUUUAAAACUCAACCAAAAACUACAGCUAAGAAUGAGCUUUUUCAAUGUGGAAUUAUUAGAUUUACUAAUAAAUCAAUGGAUUUACUCUACACCAAUCAAAACAUAAUUGCACUUGCUGUAAAACAUUACAUUACUAAUACUAACAGUGUCCAAAUUAAUUAUAAUGAUUAUAAAGUGAGAGUAUAAUUAUAUUAUUAUUACUUCAAAUGAAAUUCUGAGGCCAUGUUGUGACACAUUUGAUAUUUUAAAAUGUAAGAAAUUUUUAAGCAUGCUGUUGAUAAAUACUGUAAUGAAGGACAAAUUAAACUUAUGAGUCAAGAAAAAUAUAAUAUGGACAUGUGUUCUUUUUAAAAUAGCUAGAUAAUGAUGCUUUUUUUUCUUUAAGUAAUUUCAUCAUUAUAUUAUUAUUAUUAUGUGCAUGCAUUGUGGAAGAUGGAGAAAUGAGGUUUCCGAGUUAAUUAUAAUGUAUAUUUUU